AUGGAGAUCCAAUCAACCCAAGAUACCCUCAUUGACUCACCAAAGCACAUGAACCAUUACAUUUACUUUGCGUCACCUCUCUUUAACACUAAGGAGUGUUUAUUCAAUGUAUCAAUCGCUUCAAAGUUAGAGUCUAAAGGACACAAAGUUUAUUUACCACAAAGAGAUGGGUUUGAGUUUUCGUAACUCACUCAGAUGCUGCCUGAUCAUUUCUCAGAAGAGGAAAAAAGCAAAGCUGUAGCUUGGAUCAUAUACUUAGCAGACCUUUCAAAGCUUUCUUAGGGAACCGUGUGCUUGGCAAACUUAGAUGAGCCUCUUGACCCAGGCGUUUUGAUUGAAAUAAUGUAUGCCAAGCAACUCGGCAUUCCCACUAUUGGAUAUAGAUGUGACAGCAGAACUCCGUUUGGUGCAUCAUCAAGCUGGAACUUUGGAAUGCAUUUCUUCCCAUUGUUCCAAUGUGACUACUUCAUCUCACUUAGCAAUGUUAAUACAGGGUCUGUUGACGAUUCUGAGAAACUAAUUACAGAUCUUGUCGGCAAGAUAGAAGAGAUCUAAAAUGAUCUACAUCCUAAAGUUACAAUUUAAAAAUUCGACGAUAUCAGAAUGAUGGCAGCUAAACUUAUACCAUAAGAUGUGAAUAAACUCAGUGAGUUACCACUAGAUAGAUUAGUCAACUAAUAUGUGGAGAUGAAAUCAAAGCUAGAAUCAAUGGAACCUCAAAUAAUCAAGAUGCACGAAACACACCAUUGA